AUGCGCAGCCCAACCUCUGCCUCCAUCGACGUUGUUCUAACCACGAAGGUGGCACCAACCUUCUACCUCUUUGCCGCAACGGAUACUGGCGGGCCUGUUACACCUAGGCGGGGUGGGCUUAGGCCCAACCUCUGCCUCCAUCGACGUUGUUCUAACCACGAAGGUGGCACCAACCUUCUACCUCUUUGCCGCAACGGAUACUGGCGGGCCUGUUACACCUACUAUGCCAUCGACACUCGCCGUUUCUGUUUGAAGGCAUGGAUCAAAGCGCUUGAAACAACAGAGUUCCAUCGGAGCGCCCACCAUAGCAUGUUCAAGGCCCUCCACUCGCACACAGCUGCAGACGACCACAAUGACAGGCUUCUAAUGUAA